UCGCGUUCAGUUGUAACCGCUCCGAGUCCACGGUCCCGAGUACAACAACUUAUUUGUCAGCGACGAGAUACGAGUUUGAGUCUGUAAAGUGUUAAUCAAAAAGCGCUGCCGCAUUCACGGCGUACAGCAGUUGCCAGUUGACAUCCGACAAAUUGUGCGCUAAUAAAUGAACGUUAAAAAUAUGCCAACACUCAGCACUCGCUGUUAAACGUUUCCGAAACAUCGUCGAGUGCGCGUCGUGUUGUUCGCGUUCUGCGAAAUAACAAAAUACAAUUUAUAGAAAUACAGGCACGCCUGUGUGAAGGUCCUGUGCUGCACCUGUCUAGAGAAAAAAAAAUUUAAUUGCAAAUGUGAAUGCCAAUGGAAAAUACUUGUGUAUUACAUUAAAUUGACAAAUUUUAAGCAAUUUUAAAACAAAGCUGUAAAAAAGUGCAUUUUUGAGUAGCCAAAAAUAUAAAUAAUUACGGCCCUUUGUUUGACUUAAAGUAGCAGCUGUAACAACAACGACAUGGCAGAUCGCUUUCAAAUCCUAAAGGUGAACGGCACCGACGGAACGACUGCCGGCGCCGAAAAUGGAACAGUUUCAACGGACGGCAACAACGAAAGCCAACAACAAAAUAGUUUGCCGCAGCCGGAAAAUCGUCGGAGCUCCAGGCUAUCAUUUCGCGGCUUUGGCCACUUCCUGCGCAAAUCGGAUGCCGAGCGAAAAUUCAGUUUGGCCCAACUGACAAAGGAAUCGCUGCCGCGUUUGGAUAAUUAUCGCAUUUCUAUGCGAAACCUAAAACGCCCUUCGAUUGGUGAACUACAAGGUGAAGCGGUUGACCAGAGCAUUACUAUACCCGAUGCUGCAGAACCAGAACCGUCCGGCGGUCAAAUUAAACUUGGCUGGAUUGUCGGUGUGCUUAUACCAUGUCUACUCAACAUUUGGGGUGUCAUGCUGUUCUUGCGUCUCAGCUGGGUCGUUGCCGAGUCGGGCAUCCUACAGACACUGAUUAUAAUUACCAUAUCGGCGGUGGUUUGUGUCAUAACGACGCUCUCACUCUCAGCCAUAAGCACCAACGGCGAGGUGAAGGGUGGUGGUGUUUAUUUUAUAAUUUCACGUUCACUGGGUCCGGAAUUCGGCGCAUCCGUGGGAGUGGUCUUUGCAUUUGCCAAUGCUGUGUCAGCGUCCAUGAAUACGAUUGGUUUCUGCGAGUCGCUGAAUGUUUUGUUGAAAAGUUACGAUGUAAAGAUCAUCGACAAUGAUAUAAAUGACAUUCGAAUUGUGGGCUCUGUAACGAUAUUGGUGCUGAUCCUGAUCUGCUGCGUGGGCAUGGAAUGGGAGACCAAGGCGCAAAACUUUCUAAUUGUCACGAUUACGCUGGCCAUAUUCAAUUUUCUGAUUGGCGCCGCGAUUGGACCACGCGGGAACGAAACGCUGAUAUCCCGGGGCUUCGUUGGCUUCUCAUGGGACACCUUUAAGGAGAACUUCGGCCCGGACUAUCGCUAUGCGGAAGGCGUCAAUCACAAUUUCUUCAGUGUUUUUGCCAUAUUCUUUCCCAGUGUAACAGGCAUUCAGGCUGGUGCGAAUAUUUGUGGUGAUCUGAAGGAUGCGGGUGCAGCCAUUCCAAAGGGAACUUUCUGGGCCCUACUCAUCUCCAUGACUUCCUAUGCGCUGUUUGUUCUCUUUGCUGGCGGUGCCGCAAUGCGCGAUGCUUCGGGCAAUCCUGCAGACCUUAUUAAUGGAACACUGGUGUCAUCUGAGCUGUCCUGUCUAAAGAAUGAAACUUGUGAUUGGGGCCUCUUCAACUCUUACGAAAUGAUGCAAGUGAUGUCGCUCUGGGGGCCGCUUAUCUAUGCUGGCUGCUUUGCCGCCACUCUGAGCACAGCGCUAACGAAUCUGCUGUCUGUGCCUCGCUUGGUCCAAGCCUUGGGCAUAGAUCAAAUUUAUCCAGGAUUGAUUUUCUUCUCGAAACCCUAUGGGAAACACGGUGAACCCUACCGCGGCUAUGUGCUGACGUUCUUCAUAUCGGCAGGCUUCCUACUGAUUGGAGAGCUGAACUUGAUUGCCCCACUGAUCUCCACCUUCUAUCUGGCUUCGUAUGCUCUCAUUAACUUUUGCACAUUCCAUGCGGCCUUCGUCAAGCCCUUGGGCUGGCGACCCACAUUUAAAUACUACAAUGCCUGGAUAAGCCUGUUUGGGUUUGCCAUGUGCGUGGUCAUCAUGUUCCUGAUCAACUAUGUGGCAGCCAUUGUAACAUUUGGCAUUAUAUUCACGCUCUAUCUGGUCGUAAUGUACCGCAAACCGGAUGCAAAUUGGGGCUCUACGACCCAAGCACAACAAUAUAAAGCAGCCUUGAUGGCUGUGCAUCGCCUGCAGAAUGUAUCUGACCACGUUAAGAACUAUCAUCCGCAAGUACUCGUGCUUGCUGGUGAUCCAAAAGCCCGCCCAACUCUGGUGGACUUCGGUUAUCUGUUGACCAAGAAUAAUUCGCUGAUGUUUAUCGGCAACAUUUUGCCGGUUCGAAUGGCCUAUAAGAAUCGCAUCAAUCUGGUUAAGGAUGGCCAAAAAUAUUUGGAUGACCGCAAAAUUAAAGCUUUCUAUAAUAUAAUUGAUGGCUUUAGCGUUGAGGAUGGCAUCAGUGCCCUAAUCAAGACCACCGGCUUUGGAAAAAUGGCACCAAAUAUUGUUCUCGUGGGUUACAAGCCGGACUGGAGUCACUGUCACAAAGAGGAAGUGGAGAGUUACUUUGACAUUUUAUACAAUGCCUUCUCACAACGCAUGGGCGUUUGCGUACUGCGCUUAACCAACGGACUAGACUUCUCUGAGCUCAGGCACGACUUGAAGGCACCGAUCAAUGGCACCAAUAAGCAAGGCAUCACCAACGAACUAAUACCGGCCGCAAAUGCCGCCUCGGAGCUGCUCCAUAUAGACUCAAAUUUGAAUCUGGCCAGCAUGGAUAGCACCAAUCUCUCGUAUAAUGCAGCACAGCCGGCGCCAUUGCCAAAUGUAAAUCGUAACUCUCGAAGUUACAAGCUGAGUGGCACCAAUAUACCCAUGCCAGAGCCCGAACCAGAACCGGAGCCUGUCCUCUAUCACACAAAGGGUGGCUCGGAGCUGCCGCCGGAUAUUGUGAAUGCAAUGACAAUUUUUACAAGAAAACAACCCAAGGGCACCAUUGAUGUCUUCUGGCUGUACGACGACGGCGGUCUCACCAUAUUGUUGCCCUACAUCAUCUCCAUGCGCAGUCAUUGGGCCAACUCCAAGCUGCGAGUGUUUGCCAUGUGCCAUGGCAAGGAUGAGGAUCAAGAGGAAAAGAGUAUGGCCAGCCUAUUGACUAAAUUCCGCAUCAAAUACUCCGAACUCAUUAUGCUUAAGGGCGUUUGCGAGCAACCACGUCCCGACACCAUCCUAAAGCACAAACGACUCAUUGAACCCUUCCGUCGAAGCCCGCGUAACGAGUUUGGCAUUACCGAUGAGGAGCUCAACAAUAUGGCAGAGAAGACGCACCGUCAACUGCGCAUUCACGAACUCGUCGUCCAACAUUCGUCGAACGCAACGCUUGUGGUCAUGUCACUACCCAUGCCGCGAAAGGAGGCCAUUUCAGCGCCAUUGUACAUGUCCUGGCUGGAGAUGCUCACCUCGGAUAUCAAAUGUCCAGUAGCGUUGGCGCGCGGCAACCAAACACCAGUCCUAACAUUAUAUUCCUAGAUUAAGCCCAAGUUUCCAGUUGAGUACAAUUAGUAUUUUAGCGUUUAGGAAUUCUAAAAAUGUUCCAAUGUGAGUGUAUAAAAAAGCCAUCCCUAUGCUUGAGCAAACUUUACACUUUUAUAUAGACGCCUCCCCAUUUAUGAUAGUAUUAGACCUAUUUUAUACAGAUAGACAUAAGUUAAAUUACAUACCUAUA